GACGACGACUCGGGGAAUGGAUAAUGGAAGAAACAGAAGGCAAACCGAGCAAGUCAGAGGAUCCCCGCGCCUCUGCGGCCCCGAGAUCUCCGCCUAUAAAAGCCGCCCCACCCCGCACUCGCCCACCAGCUGCUCUCCACCAAGAGCUGCUGCUACCACCAAACCGGUCGCCGGAUUCGUCCGGAGCUUUGCCCGUUUCGCGGACCCAGAUCUACUCCGCGGCGCCGGCGCGUCCCCGCUGAGAUGGCGAUCACGGUGAGGCGGUCGACGAUGGUGCGCCCGGCGCGGGAGACGCCGCGGCAGCGGCUGUGGAACUCCAACCUCGACCUCGUGGUGCCGCGCUUCCACACGCCCAGCGUCUACUUCUACCGCCGCGGCGGCCCCGAGGUGGAGGGGUUCUUCGACGGCGAGCGGAUGUGGCGCGCGCUGGCGGAGGCGCUCGUGCCGUUCUACCCGAUGGCGGGGCGCCUCGCGCGGGACGAGGACGGCAGGGUCGAGAUCGACUGCAACGGCGAAGGGGUGCUCUUCGUCGAGGCCGACGCGCCCAACGCCGCCGUCGACGACUACGGCGACUUCGCGCCCACCAUGGAGCUCAAGCGCCUAAUCCCGGCGGUCGAUUACACCGAUGACAUCUCGUCCUUCCCGCUCCUCGUGCUCCAGGUGACUUACUUCAAAUGUGGAGGCGUCUCCCUUGGUGUUGGCAUGCAACACCAUGUAGCGGAUGGCAUGUCCGGCUUGCACUUCAUUAACUCAUGGUCUGACCUCUGCCGUGGAGCUCAAAUUUCUGUCAUGCCCUUCAUUGACCGCACUCUCCUUCGCGCUCAUGAUCCACCGACUCCAUCUUUCCAACAUAUUGAGUACCAGCCUGCCCCAGCUAUGUUGUCCUCCACACCUCAGUCCCUCACCUCCAAGUCAAAGCCACCUGCCACCGCUGUAGACAUUUUCAAGCUCACUCGCUCAGACCUUGGCCGUCUGCGCUCACAGCUUCCCACAGGUGAAGGUGCACCACGGUUCAACACAUAUGCAGUGUUAGCUGCACAUGUCUGGAAAUGUGUCUCCCUUGCACGCAGCCUGCCUCCUGAACAGCCCACCAAGUUAUAUUGUGCCACUGAUGGGCGACAACGGCUCCAACCCCCACUUCCAGAUGGUUACUUCGGCAAUGUCAUCUUCACUGCAACACCACUUGCCGAGGCAGGCAAGGUGACCAGUGGGCUGGCAGAAGGAGCAGCGGUCAUCCAAGGAGCCCUAGAUAAGAUGGACAACGACUACUGCCGCUCGGCGCUGGACUACCUGGAGCUGCAACCAGAUUUGUCAGCACUGGUGCGUGGAGCACACACCUUCCGGUGCCCAAACCUAGGGCUCACCAGCUGGGUGCGCCUUCCUAUCCAUGAUGCUGACUUUGGUUGGGGCCGGCCUGUGUUCAUGGGGCCAGGUGGCAUUGCAUAUGAGGGUCUGGCGUUCGUCCUCCCAAGCGCAAAUGGAGACGGUAGCUUGUCCAUUGCCAUUUCAUUGCAGGCUGAGCACAUGGAGAAGUUCAGGAAGCUAAUCUAUGAGCUAUAAACGGAACACAUUAUACCUUUUGAAGAAGGAUGUAAUCGGCGUACAGGGCUGAAGUCUAAAGGCGCUAUAUCCAGUUCCUCCAGUUCGUGUAUAAAAUGCCUCAAAUUUCAGGCGAACCAAUUGCCGCCCUUUAUUUCACCUUUUUAUACCCUCGGUUGGAGGAUGUUUUGGGGAACAUCUAAUUGUAUGUGCUACAAAUAAUUAGUUGUUUUGUUGUGGAAGAUCAAUAUAUAUAAUAGAGACGGUAGACAUUUUUUGAAGAAACAUGGUGAAGCCAUUGUAACCAAGUGAAGUAAAGAGCUCUAGAUUUUGUAUAA